UCCUUUUAUGGUAUGUAAUACGUCACAUAAUAGAAUGUACGCAGUUGUGCCGAAUGACCCUGAAUGAGACAAAACGUUUGUUCUAGUUCUAGGAUAUUCCCAGAAUCUGUCCUGGGACAGAUAAGGAAACCUAACUAACAGAGGGGGGAUGUGAAACAGUGCGUGGGUGACAUAUUAUAACAAAGCUGAUCCAUGCGUGCUGUGAACUGCCUCUCCCCCACUGCCUGAUGUUACUUUGGAUUAUAAUAAAGCUGCAAACUUUUUCCGACCACACUGAUCAUAGCGGCUCAGCUGUACAAGAUGUCCAGUCAUCUUCUAUCACCACCUCGAUCCUCAAUGCCAAAGCUACCCAUUAUUGAGCAUCCAUUGUCACGUCUUGGUGACCCAGAAACCUUGUCUUUAAGAGGAUUUUCUAGGGCUGAUAUGGCAUACCAUAGGGAAGAAGUACCGGAGACCAGAAGGAACAUUCAUACAGCCUUGUCCUCCUACAGAGACAGAAGUCUACCACUUACACCUUUAAAGCAUCAUAUUCCAGAAGGUGUACAGGUGAACAUUGCAACUGACCAGAACAAGACAAGGCUCCCUAUAUUUGGUCAAAGGGCUGACAUCGGGAGUCGUGCUGAGAGUAGAGUGAGCACUGCAACCAGCAGGGACAGUUUUGUUUCUCGGCCUGGAACCCAGCUCAGACUUGAAGUGGAUGAGCUGGAACAUACAUUACGUGAAAAGUUAAGGUCUGGCGGAUAUUUCAGUCUCAAACAGCUGUUUAAAAAUAAUGAUCCUGAGGGAAAAGGACAAGUGAACAGAGAUGUUCUUCUUAUGAUGCUAUCAAAAUUUCUUGGAAGACCAAUCGGUUCCAGACCAUUUCAACAACUUCUUUUGAGGCUGAACCUUAGUGAGAAGAUGAUAAUAAAGUAUGAAGAGCUUUAUGCAGCAGUACGGGAUCCAGUAGCAUCAGGACGUCCAACUUGGCUGGAUCCAGUUAACAGAAAAGCAGAAGAAGACGUGUCAAUGACAGCAUCCCAAGUCCAUGCACAGCUGAAGACAAAACAGAAGUAUGCAGAACUUACUGAGGUAAUAUCAAAGACGAAGCCUGAUGGUUCUACAAGGAUCUUACCCCCUGAGUUCAGAGAUAUUCUCAGACAACUUGGAUUCUGUAUGGAAGAUGAAGAGUUCCAUAAACUUUGUGGAAGGUACGACGUGGAUGGAACUAGUGUGAUUAAGGCAGAUUAUCUGCUGAAAAGACUUGGAAAUGAAAUCCAGAACCAGACUUCAAGCAAUCCAAAAACUAAAGCUCCACAAUCUAGAGAAAUGUCUUGGGCAGAGCUAGAACGGAAAGCCUCACUCAACAUUGAGAAGUGGUUGAAAGAUAAAUUCAGAGAAGGCUUUCGGAGCAUGAAAGAGGAAUUUGAAAAGCGUGACCCACAAAGAAUUGGCAAGGUUGAGAAAGAUGAUUUCCUGGCUGUACUUGAAAAGUUUGAAUUAAAAUUAAAAGAUGAACACUUUAACCUGUUCUUAGCAAGAUGUGGGCUUGAGGACUCUCUGACAGGCGUCAGUUACAUGGAUCUUCUUAGAAAUUUUCAGGACCGUAGUGAGAAAGGGAUUACACACAAGAUACUUUCUGACCCAAACCAUAGAUUUCACCGUGAAGGAGCCAUUAGUCCAUCCUCUACACUGACUGCAGUGGAAGCAAGACUAGCAAACCUCUUCCAGUCAGACUUCCUGGCCCUGCUGGCAACUUUUGAGAAAAUUGAUAAAUUCAAGAGAAAUGUUAUAAGCCAAGAGGAAUUCCGAGCAGCAAUAGAGAGCAGGUUCGGUGUGGAGAUUACUGAUGAAGAUUUGGAGCAGCUACUUGACAGAAUCCCCCUUGACGAAGAUGGGAAUGUCAGAUACCCUCACUUCAUGGCAAUGUUUGAUUCUCGACAAGGAGUGCCAAGUCUUUUUGACCAGCGAUCAAUUGGAAGUUUAGCAUUUGAAGAGGAUAGAGAAUAUGGACCAGGGAGAACACCAGAACAGCUGUUCAAGGUUAUUAAAAGCCUCAUUCAUAAGAAUUAUGCAGCAGUAGAGAAAGAAUUUGAAGAUCUGGACGAAAUGAAUUCAAGACGCUUAACCCAAGAGACUAUGUACUUCCUUUUAAAGCGGUUGGAUAUCCAGCCGGGAGUCACACGAGGAGAGAUCCGCAGACUUUGGAGCACCUUUAUUACUAACCAGGACAAAACUCUUGACUAUCUGGAGUUUGUGAGGCAUUUUGGAUAUUCCCCCAAAUCAGCAUGCUAUCCAAAUGCGAAGAUUAGCCCCCCAAAGAAAGGAGAUGGAGAUUUUAAGAUCCGGUCUAAAAAGCUGAACUGUGACUCUGACAUACUUAUAGAUAAUGUCCGUGCAAAGGUGGAGUAUUUGUGGGACGACCUCCGCAGAGAAUUUGAAGACCUUGAUCCCUAUGGCACAGGCUUUGUCAGCAAAGAGGAAUUUAAGGAUCUGUUAUCUGAACUUUGCAUACAUUUGAAUGACUAUGAACGAGAAAUGUUAUCAAAGAAGUUUGAAUCUAAUGGUGAUGGCCGAGUAUCCUACUUUGAAUUCCUAAAGCCUUUUGUGCCCCGCCGGCAAGCUUUGAAGACUAAAACCAAUAUGGAGGCCGUUAUGCGGAGUUCUCAGUCACAGGCAGAUCCAUCUGAAAAUCAUGCUAAUGACCUGGGAACGCUGACUUCAAGAAUGCGUAAGAAGCUGAAAGGAGAAUGGAAGACUCUACGUAGAGCUUUUAAAAAGCUGGAUAUGGACAGCAGUGGCUACUUAUCUCUACCAGAAUUUAGAUCCGUUUUGAAGCUCUGCAACUUUGUACUUGACGAAGAUGAGAUUUUUCACAUCAUGUCCAAAUAUGACCAGAAUAUGGAUGGCCGUAUUAACUACAAAUCUUUUCUAGAACACACAUGUAAGAAAGAGAACUGUUCCAGUCCAAAAACACCACUGGAAAACACAGUGUAAAGGUCUAAAUUUAUUUUACAUAAACACCUAGAUUGUUUAUUCACAUUUCUAUAAUGGUGGCUCUCCAGCUGUUGAGGAGCAAAGGUUGUCUGAGCAUGUGGCUCUUGUAAUUCCUCCACACUGGAAAACCAUUCUACCACCUCACUAAUGAAGAUGAUAAAGAUAGGCUCAUGUGGUAUGUAUUGUAGGUGAAACUCAAGUCUGUGAAAUUAAUUGGGGUCAUUUAUCAACCUGGUGUAAAGUAGAACUGGC